AUGAUAUUUGCAAGUACUUCCGCAAUAAUAUUCUAUAAAUACACGCUCCAUCAUCAUACACUAAAACGAACUUUACUUCCAGUUUACUCUCAAGAAGCAAAUAUGCCGAUCUAUUCAACACUAUUGGCUCUCCUUCUAUCGAUUUCACACUGUUGUUCACUUGACUCAAAAAUGUCGACAAGACUUCAACGCAACAGAAACACCAUUAUUCGAAAGUAUGAUUCGGAAGUAAACACUUUUUGUGCUGUUGACGGCAGUAGUACAGCGCACCUUGAUUGGCAAUAUUUACGCAUCGAUGCGCAUUCAAAUUAUGCUCAAGGUUGUGGGCAACAAUUCACACGAUCAUUAUUGACCUUAGACGAAGUCGACAGUUUACCAUCCAACGCUGUCAUCAAAUCUGCUCAAAUCAAACUAUUUGGCUAUCGUCCUGAAGAAUUCGAAGCAUAUUCUUUUACCGAUGGAUCAACUGUUACCAACGAAGUAUUCAUCAAACGAAUUCUUACUGAAUGGGACGCCAAUACAGUGACAUGGAUGACACAACCGAGUACGACUGAUACCAAUGCAGCCGUGAUUCCAAGUACAGAAGCAACUUUUCCUGGUACAUCAGCAAAUACGAAGUUAUAUAACUUUACAAUUGAUAUUACGUCACUCGUUCACGAUAUUCAAUCAAGUGGACCAGGAAAUAAUCACGGUGUUAUGUUUCAAAUGAAAACAGAAGAGAAAUAUCGAGCUAUGGUCUUUUGCUCAUUCAAUCAUCCUGAUAUUCAACGACAUCCACAGAUUGUAAUGGACAUUGAAUCUUCUACAACUUCGACUUCCGUGCGAAACGUUCUAUUUUUACGAAACUCAUUUAUUCUUUUUUUUUUUAUUGUCUCUCUAAUCUAUAUUAAACCAUUCGUUUGA